UUCACUCUCCAUCAACUGAAUGUGUACUAACAGAACGUUCACAGUUCAGUAUUCAGUACAAUAUGGUAUUAUCAAUAUCAAGUGGUAAUAUACUUUGAAACACCAAGUGUGGAUAUACUGUACACUGUCUAUAUUGACUCAGUAAUACAUGUUGUUAUUUUUUACAGGUACAAGUGUUGAAGACAUAAUUACUCCAGACAGAGAUGUAGUGGACUUUACGGAGGGUAGUAGCAUUAAACUCUCCUGUAGAUACAACAGCUCAUUAACCAACAGUCUGUUAUGGUACCUCCAGCAACCUGGAUCCUCUCCACAGUUCUUCAUCCUGGACUACUCUGGGGUCAUAACCAACACUGAUAGUACAAAAUGGACCCUCAUACAUGAAAUGGAUCUGGACAUCUCCUCUGCUGAAGUGACAGUCUCUGCUCUGUACUACUAAGUAGCAAUUCUGAAGAUGACAAUUCCACUAGGCCUAUGGUGGGUGGUGUGGAUGUUGAUACCAUCACAUCAUCCUGCAGCUACACUGGCUCUGUAAACAAUAUACAUUGGUAUCAUUAGUAUCCCAGGUCUAAACCAGAGUUCCUGAAUCUCGCCUUCCAGCUCAGGUUCAUAUAGACCGCGUGGAUCUGGAGAUCUCCUCUACUGAAGUGACAGAUUAUGUUCUGUAAACCUGUGCCAUGGAGCACACAGUGACAGGAAACACUUCCUCAUACAAAAAGCUGACAGUCUGACACAAAUAUGCAGAUGGUAUAUAUAGUAUAGCAUGGUGGAUCUAUUGAAAAAACAAACCAAGACUACAGCAAAAACUAGACCAAAAGGAACUGAAAACCCUUAAACACAAACCACAGAAGAAGAGUUACAUAUCCAAAUAUCAGAGGAGGGGCCUCAUAGUUAAACACUGGUAUAGGCUGGAUAUACCUGCAGCCAUGAGGAUGUCUCUGUAGAGGAUUUACUCAGCUCUCUCCCUGUCUUAUCUCUCAGUUGGAUUAUCUAGUCUGUGUCAGGAUGUCACUCAUAUUACUGUUGCUCCUCUCAGCGUUUGUAGGUGAUAGUAUGGAGCAGGAAACAAUAACUCCAGUGAAGCCUGAAGUCAAUGCUCUCCAAGGAACAGACAUCACUCUCUCCUGCAACUACAAGGGCAACAUUAUCAAUCUACAAUGGUACCGUCAUUACCCCGGAUCCAGACCAGAAUGUCUUCUUUGGAUCCUACAAACCAACAAGUAUGUACAGAAUACAUCCAUUACGACUCCACGACACACUGGUAGACUGAAUGAAGAGAAGACCCGUGUUGACUUGAUGAUCUCCUCUGUUGAAUUGGAAGACUCUGCUCUGUACCACUGUGCCUUGCAGCCCACAGUGACAGGAAACCUAGACUCACUGUACAAAAACCUGUCAAGACACUUGAGGGUGAACAGUGCAUUGUAUUUUGAUCAAUCAGUUACUAUUUAGAGUACAUUAAUACAUACAUUUUUUCCCUGAUUAUCCACAUUAAUUGAAAAAGAAGCAAGAAAACACAUUUAACUUAAAUAUUACUGAGGAAAUAAUACUUGACAUUUUCUUCCUGUUUUGAUAUAACAUGAUCAAAGAUACUAGUCUGAAUAAAUACAGAAAGAAGAACAUUUGUGGUGUUGUUUCACUUCCUUUUAGCAGGGGAUCCCAAACAUUUUCAAUCGGUGACCCCAUUCCAGCAUUGUGGAACAUCACGUGAUGUUUAUUCAUGUGAUA